GUCUCUCUCCAGCAAGCGCAGGUGCCCUACGGCAAAAAGAGAGAGAGACAGAUUGGGCCAAGGCCACAUGCCUGGGGUGGGACAGAUGGAAGAGCCACAUCACUCUCCGAGUAAACAUUGAUCUAGACUUGAGCAAAUGGUCUUAGGGACAGAACGGUGACAACCACCACCCCAGGCCCUGCCUCACAGGGCUCAGUCCAAUAGGGACAGACCCAUCUUCAGACAGUGACAGCCCACAAGGGACUGGGCUCAGAAGAGGGGCAGAGGAGGCACUUGACACAGACUGGGGCGAUGAUCAGGAGGGCGUCCUGGAGAAUUCUUAGGAACAACCAGUAGAGACAGGGAAAUGAGUUCAAAGGCUGGGGAUGUGUGCAAACAUUGAAGUGGAGCACAGGUUAGGGACGGGGGAGAGGGGAUCGCAGGGGUGGGCAAGCAGACGAUGCAUUCUUGGAUGCUUUUUGCUGGGCGUGAACAAUGUCCUAGGUGCCAUAGUGAGCCAGGAGGGUUUGGUGGGUGGGGCGGGCAGGGUAGGCUUUACGGAGGGUCCCCCUGGCUGCCAUGUGGAAGGAAAGGGGGCCAGUGGAGAGGACAGGAGGCUGAGAGGAUGGGCUGUGGGGCUGAUGGGCGAGAGGGGAAGGAGACCUGAAGGUUCUGGCUUGGAGGAGGGGACAGUGGAGCCAAUCCUGAGACAGCACCCAAGAGAAAAUACAGUGUGGGGGAGAGGCUGAGGACACUGUGGGAUACAGUAGGUGUGAGGGCUGGCAGGGACAUCUUGGAGGAGGCAUCCUGUGGGACUUCCAGGUCUGGGACUCAGGAGAGAGGUGACAUACUCCGUGGGGGAGGAGGGCAGCAUGGAAGAAGCCAAGCAAGGACCACUGCAGGAUUAGGAAGGCCAGCUGCCCACAGGAGAGCUGGGGGCAGAGUAAGCCGGAAGAAAGGACCGCGCAGAGCCCGGGGAAGGCUCUGGGGCAGGCAUCGGAGUCCCUUCCAAGUCACAGGUAGAAGGGAAGCGUCUCAACGCAGGGAGGCUACUGCGCAGGCGCGGCAAGAGGUCACGGAUGCGCAUGCACCAGGAUUCCCGCCCAGACUGACCGCUGCUGGUGCGUCCGGUCACGUGGCAGUCACGUGGUGACCCCGAUCAAGCGCAACGGUAGGUACAGAGCCAUUUGGACUAGGAUUGGAGAACUUUCCUAGCGUUUUCGGGAACUUCUGGACGCUUGUAGACCCGUCCUCUGCCUGUCCUCUGGUGGACCCCUGUCAUCACCGAGGUGCCACCUCCUCUCAGCCCCUAGAGCAGGACGCCUUGGCCUCCUCCGAUAACCUUCAGGGCCACCUCCCGAGCUCUCAGACUCCUCUCCCAGGCCCAGAGAGAUCCAUCCUUCAUGUCCUCCUCCCUCAUGGGACCCCCUAGCUGACCCUUGCCUGGGAGCUGACGAGUUGCAGUCCACAGAUGCCCUCGCUGCCCUCUGGCUUGCCGGUGGAGCUGGGCUCCGUUGGUGAUCCUGACUCCCAGGUGGGCCGUCUGCAUCGCCUGGCGAUGGCCAGGGGCCCAGGCUGGGGCCUGGCCAAGCUCCUCCGGAGAGUUGUUCAGGUGGAUGGCGAGAACUCUGCUGGACAGACGGGGCUCUUCCUCGCGGCGCUGCUGGGCCGCAGCUCUGCCGUGCAGCUCCUGCUUGCUUUUGGCGCCAACCCCAACCACCGCUGCCUUGAUGGCAGCACGCCGGUGCACGCAGGCGCCUUCUCCGGCCGCAGCCUGGUGAUGCUGCACCUGCUGCAGGCGGGGGGCGACCUGCGUCUGCAUGACCAGCAGGGCUGCACGCCAAGAGACUGGGCUGAGCAGGGUGGUGCCAAGCAGAGCUGGGAGGUGCUGGAGCUGCUCCAGCUCUGCCGCGCCCACAUGUCCGCAUUGGUUCAUGGCGCUGAGCUGGCACCCACUGCAUCCCUGGGCUGGUUGCGGGCCUGCUCCAGGCAUGGUCUACGUGGCUCCCUGUCCCCACUGGGGCUGGUGCAGGCAGACAGGACACUGAGGUCAGAACAGAUCAGGAGCUCCCCCCAGAUCCCAGUCUUGGGGUUUGGCCAGCUGAGCAGCCUGUGGCCACUGGGGCUGGUGAUGGGCAUCCCCCUUGCAGACCCCAAGGAGCUGCUGCCAGCCCAGGGCGAACCCGACCGUGCGUAUGAGAGCAGUUCCCACACCCGCAUGGCCAACCUCCUGUGGAGGGGCCACCCCGUGACUGUUCGGCAGCUGAAGGCCCCUAGAACCCAGCCUGAUGUGCUGUUGGCUGAUCUUCAGCACUGCAGCACCCUGCUCCACCCCAGCCUGUGGCUGCUGAUGGCACUGAGCCCCUCGGCGGAUCUGUCAGGACUGUCCCUUCUCUUCGAGCCUGUGUGGCUGGGCUCCCUGUAUGUGGUGCUGCACCUGCAGGGACCUGGUGAGGAGGGGCCACAGACUAUGGCAGGCCUGCUGCCCAGCCACCUGCUGGGGGGGGCCCUGUUGUCCCGGCGCCCCCGCCGGCGUGUCCACGGCGGCCUCAGCUCACACGCUGUGCAGCUGGCCCGCCGGCGUGUCCACGGCGGCCUCAGCUCACACGCUGUGCAGCUGGUGCGGCCAGGGCUGGCCAAGGUGGGCAACCCGGAGCAUGGGCGCCCACUGCACCCACGCGGGCUGCGGCUCAGGCCCGCCAGCUCACCAGGCGCCUGGGCUCCACAGGCCACAGCUCGGCUAGACCUCAGGGUGCCUAGGCCCAGGGCUGCCUCCACCCCCUGA